CGACCUCUGGUGUCCAGAGGAGGAACUCCAUCAUUCAGAGAACUUCCUGGUUUAUCAGUAAAAGGAAGAAGAGAAACAGUUAGAACCCAUCAGCAGCUCAGGAUGAAGGUCUGUCACACUUUGAUCUGCUUCUUCUUCUUCCUCACAUCACUGCAGGAUGGAGACACUGGAGAACCUCGUACAGCAAAGGAAGGAACCAACAUCACAGUUUCAUGUCCAUUUAGUUACUCUGGAAGCAGAAGGUUCUUCUGUAAGGAAACCUGUGAAGGAAACAAUAUUCUGAUUGAAACAACAGAGGACAGAGAUCAGCGAGGAAGAUACAGCAUUUAUUAUGGAAAAAAAAACUUUUUUUCAUCUGAUAUUAUGUAUGUGAGCAUCACACGGCUGAAACAGUCAGACUCAGGACGGUACCGGUGUCAAUUGAAUAAUACAUGGACUGCAACUCAAUAUGAGGAUUUUGAUCUUGAUGUAACAGGAGCUUCAACCACUUCAGAACCAAAGUGGACUCUGCAAACUUUUACAUCAACAACAUUAACACAGAGGUUGAGUUCCUCUUCUUCCUCCCUGUCUGAAAGCACCCAACAGACCAGAACAUCAACUGGACCCAAAAGUCUGCAGCUUUAUGUUGGUCUGACUCUGGUCGCCAAGAUCAUCUUGUUAUCAACACCUCUGGUGAUUUUCUGCUGGAAGAGGAGGGUCACAAAAACUAAUGAUCCUGCUGUAGAAUCAGAAUAUGCUGUCGUCUCUCAUGACCAACCCAGAGAGGGAGGAAAUCAGAGAGGAGGAAAAACAGAACCGUUCAUCUGCUGAGGAAACAUCUUCAGUUUAGACCUGAACUAAACUCUGUGAAACAAUCAGAGCUCAAAGUACAGAUGAGGAAAAUGUUGUAUAACUUUUUCACAAAACAAAAUAAAUAAAAACUGUUGCAGGAUUCUAAGUUUCUGCCCAUUAACAGUAACAUGUUUCCUAAACAGACAAUAAUUCUGCUUCAUUGUUCAUCAAGAAUAUUUGAAGUCUAUGAUUAAAAAAGCUCUCACGUC